AUGCUGCAGUGAGUAUAGUCCAUCGAUGCCACCUUUUGAAGGUUCCGUCUGUUGAACCAAUGGGGGUAUUCAGUACUAAUGGCAGCACCUACCGAUUUGUUCAAAAAGUGAUGCAGCAUUCAGUGGAUCUGGCCUACCCAGAUAAAAAUCACUACAUGCAACGCAACAAACAUCUCAUCCAGCCUCAUUCCAACCGAAUCACUGCCGCAGUUUGCCUUCAACGUGGUGGAGCCAGUAAUGACGACAUUGCGUUUAAAUUGCGCUGGAGUCCGACAUCUGUGCCCACAUACUUGCGUGACUGCUUCCAAGGCGUCGGUGAUCUGUUGCAGAAGGCCAUUACUGGAGUGAUGAAGAUGUCUUUUUCAUAG